AUGUCUUACCGCGACGACAGCAACUCCUACGGAGGCAACACCGACAGCUAUAGCUCGUCUGGUAACAACUCCUCCAGCUUUGGUGGCUCUGGCAACAACCGUCGCAGCAAUGACGACGACGACAGCUUCGGCUCCUCCGGCACCAAGAGCUCCAGCUACGGCUCCGGCAACAACAGCUCCAGCUAUGGCUCCGGCAACAACAGCUCCAGCUAUGGCUCCGGCAACAACUCGUCCAGCCGCCGCAACAACGAUGACGAUAACGACAACAGCUACGGUUCCAGCAACAAGAGCGGUUCGUACGGCUCCUCUGGCAACGAUAACUCUUCUAGCAGCUACUCCUCCUCCGGCAACAACAACACUUCUAGCAGCUAUGGCUCGUCCGGCAACAACAACAACUCCAGCAGCUAUGGCUCUGGCAACAACAGCUCCAGCCGUCGCAACAAUGACGACGACAACGAUAACAGCUACGGUUCCAGCAACAAGAGCAGCUCGUACGGCUCCUCUGGCAAGGACGACAACACCUACGGCUCCAGCAACAAGAGCAGCUCGUACGGCUCCUCUGGCAACGACAACACCUCUGGCUCCUACGGCUCUUCUGACCGCACUGGCGGCUCCGACUCGUACGGCUCUUCUGGCCGCACCGGCGGCUCCGACUCGUACGGCUCUUCUGGCCGCACCGGCGGCUCCGACUCGUACGGCUCUUCUGGCCGCACCGGCGGCUCCGACUCGUACAGUUCUUCCAAGCGUGACGACGACUAUUAA